UCGCUGGUGGGAAGUUAACGAGGUGGCCGGCUGUCAGUCACCUGGCAUUCACUAACACGUGGUUUGCAUAGUAUCAACCUUCCUGGAGUGUUGCGUUUAAGAUGGCGGUGCUUGCUCUAAUUUUCCUCUACUGCAUCGCUCAGACCAAAGGCCAGGCGUACCAACCUUACGGAACCCACGCGCCUUUGCCAGUAGUUACCCCAACAACCUCUACAGUCACCGUUCAGACAACUCUGACCCACACUCUGCGAGAGACGACGACCUCUGACGUGUGGGUUACAGAGCAGACGGCGAUCACCCUGACAGUUACCCAGACAACCACCCAUUGGGACUUUGUUCCCCAGUAUCCACAGACGGUGACCUCUGUGAUAAGGGUCACCGCCACACCGGUAGUGGUUGAGACGGCUACGGUGGGGGUCAACCCAGUGAGCACAAUGGUGUCCAUCUACAGUCAGUUCGUCACCACCACAGAUACUGUUAAAUACUGGCAGACUAUAACCCACGUCGCUGUCACUCACGAGAUCCAGACUGUUCCGGUGGUAACCACACAGGAGGUUUAUCAAGAGAUAGUAACUACGGUCACCCAGAUAGUAACCACUACGGUUACCUCCACCACGGCCAGAUACUAUGCUUAAUGACUCGAGACUAUGGCCCUUAAUUAUCUACGAACUAUACUCUUUGUAAUAAUGAUUCACUUGAUCUAAUGGUUUUUCAAUGAGACUUGACAAUAAAUGUUCUUUUCUGCAAA